GGGAAGGGAAGAGCAGCGCCGUCAUUGAAAAUUGACCUCUGCAUCUCAGGCAAGCCAUAGUUAUAGUUCCUCUUCCCUGGGAGAUCUCCGUCGAUUUCGUUUCUUCCCCAAUUUUCUUUCAAUUAAACCCAGAACCCUAAUGUGACGCAGAGUUUACAACGACGACGAAGAACUUCAAUCCCUUUGCAUUCGCAUCCAUUUCUUCUCCUGUUUCCCCUAAAACCCUCCACCAAAACCACUCAAUAAUGCUUUCCAUCAAAUAUGUAGCCAAAUCUGCUGGUUCCCUCCUGUCGCGCGAUGCCCACUUCUGUUUUUACUCUUCUCUGCUCCUUGCUCGCCCUCCCAUCAGCUCCGACGUCCCCAAGUUGAAUGCCCAGGACAUUGUGGCAUCCUUCAAGUCGUGGUUUAAGGCCCGGGAAUCGUCAGUGGCUGAUCAAAUCUUCACCAUCUUGACCGCCAACGAAUCCACCCAGGACGGCGUUACUUCCACCCACCACGACGCUGACAUCGCCCUUGCCCAGUUAAAUCUGCGCCUUACAGAGAAGCUGGUCCUCGAGGUCCUCUCCCAUGGCGCCUCCUGCAAGGACGUUUUGCCUUGUCUCAAGUUCUUUGACUGGGCUGGCCGGCAGCCUGGGUUCUGCCAUACCCGCAGCACCUUCUAUUCCAUCUUCAAGAUUCUUUCUAGGGCCAAGCUCAUGUCUUUGACGCUUCAGUUCCUGCAAGAUUUUAAGACUCACAGGCUUAUUCCGAGCAUCAGGUUUCAUGAAACUUUGGUGAUGGGUUAUGCUAUAGCGGGGAAGCCAGAUGUUGCACUCCAGCUGUUCGGCAGAAUGCGGUUUCAGGGUCUGGAUUUAGAUCCCUUCAGCUACCACGUGAUAUUGAAUGCCUUUGUGGAGGAGGGCUUCUAUGACGCCGCGGAUAUGAUUUCUCAGCAGAUUUCUCUGCGGGGUUUUGAUUCUGAUGUUACGUAUUCCAUCAAGGUUAAGAGCUUUUGCAAACAGAGUAAGUUGGAGGAGGCACAGAGGUAUAUACUGAAACUGCUGGAAAGUGGAAAGGAAAUUGGUGGGGGUGUCGUGAGUGUUGUUGUGGAUGCGCUUUGCAAGCACAAAAUGUUCGAGCGGGCAGGGAGGUUAAUGGAGGAACAUAAGGAACGUUGUAUCCCAAUGGAGCGUUCUUAUGGGAUAUGGCUUAGGAACCUCACGCAAGCUGGGAAGAUAGAUGGGGCUUUGGAGUUUCUAAGGAGCAAGAAGCAAUUGGAAGGAUAUGUUCCAGAGGUGUUCCGGUAUAAUUAUUUGAUUUUUAGGCUAUUGAGGGAGAACCGACUUGAGGAUGUGUGUGAUUUGUUGAUAGAGAUGGAGGAGAAUCAAAUUUCACCUGAUAAGGUCACUAUGAAUGCUGUAUUGUGUUUCUUUUGCAAGGCUGGGAUGCUGGAUGUUUCAAUUGAGUUGUACAAUUCCAGGUCAGAGUUUGGACUCUCGCCAAAUACCAUGGCUUACAACUAUUUGAUCAAUACCUUAUGUGGAUAUGGGAGUGUUGAAGAAGCUUAUAAAAUGCUCAAGAAUUCUAUUCACCAUGGUUAUUUUCCUGGGAGAAAAACAUUUUCUAUUCUUGCAGAUGCUUUGUGCAGUGCAGGUGAACUUGAUAAGAUGAAAGAGCUGGUCUUUUUUGCUUUGGAGCGGAAAUUUGUUCCUAGUUCUUAUAUAUGUAACAAGUUCAUAGGAGCUCUGUGCCGAUCUAGAAGGAUGGAAGAUGGAUAUUUGAUUCAUGGGGAACUUAAUAGAAUUUUAAACAAAAGCAUUGGAAAGAACUAUUACUCUAACUUGAUACAUAGUUUUAGCGAAUCAAAAAGAGGAGAUAUUGCUGCCAGAUUGCUAAUUGAAAUGCAGGAGAGGGGUCACAAGCCAGUUAGGAGAUUAUUUAGAGCUGUCAUUCUCUGCCUAUUUAAGAUGGAAAAUCCCCAGAGGCAAUUCUUCAGGCUGCUUGAGAUGCAAUUGUCUCACCAUGGACCCAGUGCUGAGAUUUAUGACUUCUUUGUUGACGGAGCAGGACAUGCCAAAAGGCCUGAGCUAGCCAGAGAAGUAUAUGAAAUGAUGUGGAAGAGUGGUAUUGAGCCCUCUUUAAAGUCUGACAUCCAUAUGUUGAAGGCCUAUCUAAAUAAUGGAAGAAUUGCUGAUGCUUUGAACUUCUUUAAUGAUUUGUGCCAGAGAAGAAAGAUUGGAAGAAAAUUGUAUGAUGUGAUUGUUGUUGGGUUAUGCCAAUCCAACAAGCCAGAUUUUGCCUUGGACGUCAUUCAGCAAAUGAAGGAUCAUAUGUUAGUUCCUAGCAAGGAAUGUUAUGAAGUCCUUAUACAGCUAUUAUGUCGCAGUGGUAAUUAUGAUUUGGCUGUAAAUCUUGUCAAUGACUUUGAGAAAACCAGGCAUCGUAUUACAACCUUUACCGGAAAUGUUCUCUUGUUGCAUGCUUAUAAAAAUAAAAAGCUUUACGAGACUUGGAUUCAGAUGAGAGAUAUGCAAGAUGAGACAUCCAAUGUUUCAUUGUUGGGACUGCUUAUCGGGGUAUUUUCUGGUUGUAUUAGGGUCCCAAAUUUUGAGAACUUGGAAGAAAUGAUUGAACAGUGUUUCCGUCCUGACAUCUACACUUAUAAUUUGUUGUUGAGAAAAUUAUGCAGAAGUGAGAUGGAUCAAGCUUGUGAAUUGUUUGAUCGGAUUUGUCAGAAGGGGUAUGUGCCUGAUCAAUGGACUUAUGAAAUCAUGUUAAAUGGUUUCCUCAACCAUGGGGGAAGAGCUGAGGCUAAAAGAUGGGUGGAAGAGAUGUCAAGGAAAGGUUUUGGUCAAACUAGGAGGAUUCUGUUGUCAGUUUAACAGGUUACUGGUAGAGCCAUAUUUUUUAUAUUCAUCAGUAGCUAGAAAUUAUUACAUUAACUGUGUAUUACAAGGACUAUUUUUUGAGAAAUAAAAUAACAUGUUUGGU